UCCGUUUAUUUUUUAUUCUCUCUCCUCUCCCUCCGACAUUGCGGUUACUGUAACGAAGUUUUUGUACGGGGCAGGCAUCCCACGGUCUCUCCUAGUAUCUCUGUUUUAGAUAGUCUCCACCUUUCGUAUUCUUGUUUUCGCGGUUCACCGCUGCUACUGCUUGGGACCUGCCCGUGAGAUCCAGAAAUGUUCCAUAGAUGAGCUUGUUUUUUCCCCAAAGUUCGGAGGGCGCUCUAUGAUGGCCUUUUAUAGGCACAGUAGCGACAUGUUAACGGAGAGAAGAGGUAUACUUGGCAUGAUUUUUAAGUCUCUUGAUCAAAGUGAGCAUGGUUUUCGGGUUGUUCGUAGAGGAAGAAGGCUUUGUCGGAUAACUAGACAAAGACUCUCGCGCUGGGUCUUUGUGCUUGCAUUGCUCUUCCUAAUUUAUUUUGUCGUUUCUGGCGUACAAAUGCUAUUUCAUGAUAAUUUGGAAGAUAGCAUUUCAUUGUCACAAGAAGUACAAGAACAACUUUUAGGGUAUAAUGCUCCAAAACCUCCGAAAAGCAAGAAUCGUAGGCAGCAUUCUCCUUGCGAAGUUGGGCUUGUCAAAUCCGUGGAUAAUCUUGUUGAACCCAAGGAUCUUAUGAAAUUCACCCAGUUUUCACUAGAGUACAUUGAAAAAGAGGAAAUAUUACCCGAUAAUUAUUUUGAACCUAGAUUUGGAGGACAUCAGACUCUCCCAGAAAGAGAGAAAUCCUUCUAUGCUAGAAAUCAGACACUUCAUUGUGGUUUCGUAAAUGGACCACCUGGAUAUUCGAGCAUAGGAUUUGAUUUAAAUGAGAAAGACAAGGCAUACAUGUAUACAUGUAAGGUUGUAGUAUCUUCUUGCAUUUUUGGGAGCUCCGACUUUUUGAGGAGGCCCACACGCAGACUGAUCAGUGAAUAUUCCAAGAAAAAUGUUUGUUUUGUUAUGUUUGUCGAUGAGCAAACAUUAUUAAAACUGUCAUUAGAAGGUAAUACUCCUGAUGAUGACGGAUAUGUCGGCUUAUGGAAAAUCAUUGUUGUGAGGAACUUGCCAUAUAAGGACAUGCGUAAAACUGGAAAGGUGCCAAAGUUUUUGCCACAUCGCCUCUUCCCUUCAUCUAGGUACUCGAUUUGGCUUGACAGCAAGAUGCGACUUCAGAGUGAUCCCAUGUUGAUUAUUGAGUACUUUUUGUGGCGAACAAAAUCAGAAUAUGCCAUUUCAAAUCAUUAUGAUCGCCACUGUGUCUGGGAGGAGGUACUCCAAAAUAAGCGUCUAAAUAAGUACAAUCACACGGCCAUUGAUGAACAGUUUACUUUUUAUCAGUCUGAUGGUCUCACCAAGUUUGAUCCUUCAGACCCAAAUACUCCUCUUCCAAGUUUUGUUCCUGAAGGUUCCUUUAUAGUACGGGCACAUACACCAAUGUCAAAUUUGUUUUCUUGUCUUUGGUUCAAUGAAGUCAACCGAUUCACCUCACGUGAUCAGCUAAGCUUUGCAUAUACUUAUUUGAAACUGAGAAGAAUGAAUCCCACAAGACCAUUUUACUUAAAUAUGUUUAAGGACUGUGAGCGCAGAGCUCUCACAAAGCUAUUUCGGCACAGGGCUGUGCCAUCUCCUCCACUUGCUUCUUUGGUCAAUUGAGAUUAGUUUAAGGUUUAUACUUGGUUGGGUUGCUCAAACUUGGUUGGUAAUGGAAAGUCCAACCUGGAUCUCUUUUGCUGUAUGUUACCCCCCAUCUCAUGAGUACGAUUAUGGGACCUUUUAACCAUACACCCCCACUAUGUGAAAGCAGCGCAGCAAACAGUGAUUAUCACCCUGCUCUGUUGUAUAAAUAGGAUGCCUUGAGUUGGAUAUCAUGAUUGGCAUGUUUAAGUCAAUUGCAUUUACCUGAGACCUGUAGAUUUCUUGACGAAAUUCUAGCAAUGUGACAAACUGAGUCUAGUUUGUGAGGGGUGUUGUAUGGUUUGUUUGAUUUUGAGGAUCUCAUUUGUGCACUUGCUUGCUCUCUUAUGUUAAAUCAGAACAUUGAAAUCAUAUGCCAUUCAAAAGCAGAUAUGAACAGUGAGAUGAAAGUGCUCAAAGAAGAUGCCUAGAAUCAUGCAAUCCCAUUAUUUCACUACAUAAGAGCCAAUCUUGUAAAACGUGGUUGCUGGCACAUCCCACAUCCAAGUUAUGUAGCAAUGAGCUUGAAGGUAAUGGGUUUGAAGCUUGCUAUAGCUCCCCCCUCUUCCUCACUUUCCAGAAAGAACUAUGUUGCAAGCUGAACCAGAACUAAGCCAUAAUCUGUUGGUUCUCCCAUUGGUCGGGUGGACUUCUUGUAGUUUCAGUUAAUGAUUGUUUUGAGAUUUCAGUUCACAUGUUAUCAACGAACUAUAUUGCCAAAACCAGCUAGCUGGUGAAAUAUCCAAACGCACUAAGCUUGUUUCAAUUUAAGAUGUCUAGAAGCAUGCAAUUGCUUUA